UUCUAUUUAAAGGCUUCACUCGUGUAAUUCUAGCCACUGUCACCACAUCAUUAAGCCAAACACAGCUCACUACGUUUGACAAACUGUCUCUUUUCUUUAAAAAUGGUGAUAUAAGUGAAAUGCUAUGUUUUGAUUCACAGCCUCCUGCCAUCACAUCAACACAAUGCCUCAUCGCAGCUGUUCUGUUGAGAUUAACAACAACUCUGGCUACUACACUCUGGCCAAUCCAAGGGUUUUCAGUGAGAGUGGCAAAUGCGAGGUCCCUUUGCCACCCAUGGUAGGUCCCUGCUCUGAAGCCAGUGCACUGUUUAACAAAGUCACUGCCAGUGCAACUGGAGCAGUUGGAGUCUUCACCUAUGACCUUUUCAAUCCCAACAUGAACGACUAUAGCCACAUCGUGGCUGUCAUGUUCUCCGUGCCGUAUGAUCGAAGCCUCUACUCCAACUGGUUUGCCGUGGGGAUCUUUGACAAAGGAACCGACUGUGACUAUAAUCUUUAUGACAUCAUGUAUAACGGGAGUGAAAAUAGCUUCGUAAGAGCCAAGGCUGACGGGUCCUGCAUUUCUUAUGAAGGAGACUACAUUAUUGUCAGUGCCUCCAUGUCUGAUUCAGGUGAAGCAGUCCUGAGGGUGGAUGUCAAUGACACAGGGAUGUACUAA